AUGAAAAAUCUAACUGUAAAUGAUGACUUCCUUCUCCUGGAGGGGUUAAAAGUCACCACCCAGUCAUCCACCCCCGCCUUCAUCCUCCUUCUCCUCAUCUACAUUUUCAUUAUGGUGUCUAAUGUGGGCCUGGUAGUGCUGAUCUUCGGGAGCAGGAAUCUCCGUCAGCCCAUGUACAUGCUCUUCUGUAACCUUAUUAUUAAUGAUGUUUUUGGAGCCACGAUAAUAAUCCCACAUGUACUCAGAGAUAUUUUCAUUUCACAGUCAGAUCGACACAUUCAUUACAUUGACUGUGUGCUUCAAGCUUUCUGUGUUCACUUUUACGGCAGCACCUCUCACACUGUCCUCAUGAUCAUGGCCUUUGACCGAUACGUGGCCAUCUGUAACCCUCUACGCUACGCCUCCAUCAUGACUAACAGGAUGGUGCUGAAGCUGUCGGUGGCAGCAUGGGGGUCUGCUUUAGUGAUGGUGGCCAUCCUCCUGGGCCUCACCAUCCGCCUUUCACGCUGCAGGAGGAUCAUUCCCAACCUGUUCUGCGACAACGCUUCCUUAUUCAGUCUUUCCUGUGAAAGUGUCCUCAUCAAUAACAUCUACGGUCUCGCAUACACCGUCCUCCUGCUCGGCUCUUCCAUCGGCAGUGUCACACUCACCUACCUGAAAAUCGCUGCGGUGUGCAUGCGAAGUAAAAACAAAGCUCUGAACAGGAAAGCGCUGCAGACCUGUGCUUCCCACCUGGCUGUGUACGUCCUGCUGCUGGUAUCAGCCUUCAUCAUCGUCGUCCUCCAUCGCUUUCCUCAGCUUUCCAACUACAGGAAAUUAGCGGCCAUCUUGGGCGAAGUGCUUCUGCCGGCUCUGAAUGCAGUGAUCUAUGGGCUGCAGAUAAAAGAGAUCAGACAGAGGAUUACUGCUUUGUUUCAUAACGGCAGAAGAGCUGUAGUCAAUGUAAAAUGA